AGAGCUCUCUGCAGAGCGUGUCUGGCCCCACCAGACGCUCGAAGGAGAACAACCCAACCUACCGCAGCCGGCGUGGUGCGAGGCCGACAAUGGGCACGUUUAGGCCAUGCUGUCAGGAUAAUACAGCCACCACCGGGGAGGAGACAACGCGGGCGCCGUUACGCAGAACGCUGCAGAAAAAGAAGCCACAUCCAUCACCCAUCCGCUCGGAAGCCUGGACACGCCAGCAAGAGCCCGAAACACAUGGCGAAUGUUGGCGGGCGCUCUGACCGUGUGGGAGGAUUAAAAAAAAAAACCCCUAACUCUAACCCCCUCCUCAGGCUGGCUGCUCGGCAUCCGCCGGCUUGUGCUCAGUCGAUUUAAACACCGCUGGGUGUGUCUGCACAGGGACAAGGAACCCGCCGCUGGCCCCGGCUCAGCUGUGUAGAUGCUUCAGCUGGCGCUCUGGGACCCUGCGAGCGUGGAGGGCAAAGCUGCCGCUAGGAAUAAGCAGACUAAGCAAUUGCUUAGGGCCCCGAGCAGCUCCAGGGAGCCCCCAUUUGCUUUUGGGGGGGGGGGGGGAUAUUCCUGCUUAGGGCCUGCAAUGGGCCGGCCUGAGCUGGAACCACUGCACAGCAAAUGUUAGCUCCACCUCCUGAGCCUUGCGAGCCUGGCCCAGGUGCGGCCGAGCCGUGGGACUUUUAGCUGUGUAGACCUACGCUAACGGGCUCUUUGCUGGAGAGGAUUCUGCUAGCUGGGCAAACCCCACGUAUGGAACCCAUCGCUCGCCGGUUCGCAGGGAAACGACCAGCGGUGAGUUGCUGUGGGGCGGGGAAGGUUCCGCGCAGGAGCCGGAGAACCGGGACCAUGGCGCCCCCCAAAGACGUGGUGAAAAUCGCCAUUCAGAUGAUGGGAGCCAUCCCGCAGCUCAUCGAACUCAACCAGACCAAGCCCCUGGCUGCGGUUGUGAAGGAGGUUUGUGACGUGUGGAACCUGGGCAACGCCGAGCACUACGCCCUGCAGUACGUGGACGGGCAGCAGACGUACAUCACCGAGUCGAACCGUGCGGAGAUUAAGAAUGGGAGCAUUCUGCGGCUGACCACUUCUCCGGAUCAGGAGGCAGAGCGGCUGCACAGCGGGAUCCGGAGUCACAACCUGGACGUGAAGGCAGACUCCCUGAAGAAGCUGGCGAACCUCUCCCGAGACAUCACCUUUGCCCAGGAGUUCAUCAAUAGGAACGGCCUGAAACAGCUCUUCCUCAUUGUGGAAGAGGGGAACGAUGUAGGGGAGAUUCUAGCUCACACCCUGAAGGCCUUCAUGGAGCUGAUGGAGCACGAUUUUGUCUCCUGGGAGACGCUGAGUCCGGCCUUCAUCAAAAAAAUAGUGAGGUACGUCAACACGGGUGGGAUGGACGCCUCCGUCCAGCAGCUCUCUCUGUCCAUCCUGGAGAACAUGGUCCCGAGCAGCCGCCCCCUCUUUGAGCUGGUCAAACGUGAAGUGACCCUGGAUCGCCUCCUCGCCCACCUGCAGGUGACCAACCAGCAGCUGCAGCUCAAAGCCAUGGCGCUGCUCAUCGCCCUGCUGCUGAAUGCCAGCGACGCGGAGAGGAGGGACAUGAUGGGCUAUCUGGGCGAGAGGAGCAUCCGGCAGUUCAUUCACAAGAGCAUUAUCCACGCCUCGGAGCCGAUGGGGGAUGAGAUGGCCCAUUAUCUCUACGUGCUGCAGUCCAUCACCCUCAACCUGCUGGAGCGGAGGAUGCGGACCCCCAUGGACCCCUUCUCGCAGGAGCAACGGGAGCUUCUCCAGUUCCUGCGUCACAGUGCCUUCGAGUCGGAGAGCGAGCCUUCUGCCGGCACCGUCAGCGCGGAGCGCCGGCGCUCUGUGUGCGUCACCGACUUCCGCAAGCUGGGCUUCCAGAACUACAGUAACCCUGCCCAGGACCUGCACCGCGCGCCCCCGGGACUGCUGGCCCUGGACAACAUGGUCUACUUCUCCAGACACUGCCCCAGCGCCUAUAGCAGAUUUGUCCUUGAGAACAGCAGCCGUGACGAUAAACACGAGUGCCCGUUUGCCCGGAGCAGCAUCCAGCUCACCCUGGCCCUCUGCGAGAUCCUGCAUGUCGGGGAACCAUGCUCGGAGACGGCCCAGGCCUUCUACCUCAUGUUCUUCGGUCAGGACCACUUCUUCCAGGAGCUCUUCUGUAUCUGCAUCCAGCUGCAGAACAAGACCUGGAAGGAGAUGCGUGCCACCCAGGAGGACUUCGACAAGGUGCUGCAGGUGGUCCGGGAGCAGAUCACCCGGACCCUGUCCCUCAAACCCACCUCCCUGGAGCUGUUCAAGACCAGAGUGAACGCGCUUAACUACAGCGAGAUCCUGAGACUGCGGCAGACGGAGCGGAUGCACCAGGAGGAGACGCUGGCCGUGCCCGUGCUGGAACUGCGAGAAAGGCUCAAGCCCGAGCUCCUGGAGCUGAUCCGCCAGCAGCGGCUCCUGCGGCUCUGCGAGGGGACCCUCUUCCGCAAGAUCAGCAGCCGCCGCAGACAGGAUAAGCUGUGGUACUGCCGCCUGUCCCCCAACCACAAGGUGCUGCACUACGGAGACGUGGAGCAGGGGGUGCAGAGCCCCCCCAUCGAGAGCCUGCCGGAGAAGAUUCCCGUGGCCGACAUCAAGGAGCUGCUGGUUGGCAGGGAGUGCCCGCACAUGAAGGAGAAGGGCUCCGGGAAACACAACAAGGACGUCCUGGACCUGGCCUUCUCCAUUAGCUACGACGUGGAGGAGUACUACCUGAACUUCAUCGCCCCCACUCGCUACGAGUUCUGCCUGUGGACGGACGGCCUGAACGUGCUGCUGGGCCGGGAGAUGACGAGCGAGCGAACCCAGAGCGAGCUCGACAUCCUGCUCUCCAUGGAGCUCAAGCUGCGCCUCCUGGACCUGGAGAACAUUCCCAUCCCCGACGCCCCUCCCCCUGUCCCCAGCCCCCCCAGCAAUUUAAACUUCUGCUACGACUUCAGCCCCCACGAACAGUGAGGGCCUUCGCCCCGGCCACGGUGCUCUGGCUCUCUGAGCCAGCCCCAGCUCCCGGCCCUGCGAGCGGCAAGGCUGGGCCAGGGGGAGGAAGGGAAAACCUGGCUCCCCCCCGUGGCCCCUCUUGCUGGGAGUAGAGCGAGUGGGGGAAGGGCUGGUGGGUGAGGAGACUGGCUCCGACCUGGGCCAUGAUCCCUUCCCCCCUUGUCCUGGGAGCGGCUGAGCCUGCCCCUUCCCCGUGCUGCCCUGACCGAGCGGGGCUCACCCCAGUGCCUCACUGCCCCUCACUGCACUGGUGCUGCUGCUGUUACUGCACCAUGGGGAUGGUCUGGGGCUCCCCGCUCCCCACAGCAGCCUGCUCCUGGGGGGGUGACAGAGCCUUUGGCUGGUGCCCCCCUCCCGCAGGAGUCCUCAGCUGCUGCGCUGGUACGAUACGGGACACCUGGGCACGCCACGUGCACCAAGGUGGCGCCUGAGCCGGUACGAUCCUGUGCUGCCCCGCGCUCCCCCUGCUGCUCUCUGGGCACGGGACACACAGUGAUAAGUGACAGCCUGGGCAGGGGGGCUGGUGCCUCUCCCUGGCCCGGUACCUGCUGAGGCCCGCGCUGCUGCUGGCUCAUCGGCCAGAGGCCUGGCUGACAUUCAGCACCGCCCGAGGAUGUCACGCUGCAGGGCAGGGCCAGCUGAGCGUUGCCGUGGUGCCAGCAGCCCCCGUUAUUCUUUAUGGACAAGAGGGCGUUUGGGGGCUGCGGUGUUAAAGCUGCUGGGGCCAAAUGGCGGAGCGACUCACAGCACAAGAAAGGGCGUCGCUGCCGGUCCCCCCUGCGAGCCUGCCUGGCUGGGGGGAGCGGAUGCUGGGCAGGGGAGGGCACCUCGGGGCUGAAGGCUGCACACUGGGAGUCCUGGCCAGGCUGCCAGCCCCCCACCCGACCUGUGGCUCAAGCUGCAUGAGGGGAGCCGAGCCGUCCCUGGUCCCAGCCCAGCACGGUCUGUCUCGCCCCUCCUACCGUCUCCCCCGCCCCAGGACCCACUGCACCCCUCAGCCAGAAUGCUGCACUUACUAACCGGCCCGCCUGCGUCCCUGGCCCCUCGCCCUGCUCUGUCCCGCUCCGGCCUGGUGCCUCUACUGAGAGGGACCCAUGGCACCAGGCCCUCCCGCCCCCAUACGUGGGACUGUAAUAAUACUAAGGGACUAACCUGCCUGAUUGUCUCAGCACUGGACCUGCACUGUCCCCUGCCCUGGGGCUGGAGAGGGUGAGAACAGAUCCCUUCCACCCCCCAGCAUUGGGGCAAUAAACACUUGUACGGA